AUGGCCUUCCUCUUUAAAUCGAAGAAGAAUCAGCAAAAUACUACCCUGCCCCCGGCAUCGAGAAAUGCCCCAAGUUCUGAGGGAGCGCCGCCAAAUGCACCGCCAGCCGCUGCUCCGGCAGCGGCGCCCCCGGCCCCGAAGGAACGGGAGGGAGGGAACCCUCAGACGCCGACUCCCAGUAGCAGUUACAACAACUCCUUGAACUCGGUGAACAGCACAAACAGCCCGGAGACCCAACGGAUGCGACAGAGAGCCGAGUCAGAAUCGCAGCGCUCGCUACAGGGCCCGACUAGCAAUUCCCCCAACACUAGCCCCGGCACCUCCCUCUACCCUUGGUCACAACGUCGCAUAAAUUUUUCCUCGCCGCAGGCAAACCCCUUCCCGCGAUAUGGGGCGGCGAUCAAUGCGGUCGCCUCGAAGGAGGGCGAUGUUUACAUGAUGGGUGGCUUGAUAGACGGGUCUACGGUUAAGGGGGAUCUGUGGAUGAUCGAGAGCAGCGGCGGAAAUCUGUCCUGUGUCCCAAUUGCGACUGUGUCAGAGGGCCCCGGUCCUCGAGUUGGCCACGCGAGUUUGUUGGUGGGAAAUGCUUUUAUUGUGUUUGGCGGAGAUACGAAAGUUGAUGAGAAUGACAUGUUGGACGACACCCUCUAUCUCCUGAAUACUUCUUCCCGCCAGUGGUCCCGCUCAAUACCCCCCGGCCCCCGACCUGCAGGACGGUAUGGCCAUACCUUGAAUAUCCUCGGCUCUAGACUCUACGUCUUCGGUGGUCAGGUGGAGGGUUACUUUUUCAACGAUCUGAUUGCCUUCGAUCUAAAUCAACUCUCAAACCCGAACAAUAAAUGGGAGUUUUUGAUUCGGAACAGCCAUCAGGGCGGGCCACCCCCCGGUCAGAUUCCUCCGGCCAGAACCAAUCAUAGCAUCGUCAGCUUCAACGAUCGACUGUAUCUGUUCGGAGGAACGAACGGCUUGCAGUGGUUUAACGACGUCUGGACCUAUGACCCGCGUGCCAACCAGUGGUCUCAGUUAGAUUGCGUUGGGUUCAUUCCAACUCCUCGGGAGGGUCAUGCGGCGGCUCUAGUGAGCGAUGUCAUGUACAUAUUUGGUGGGCGCACGGACGAGGGCGUUGACCUUGGGGAUCUGGCGGCCUUUCGCAUCACCACUCGGAGAUGGUAUUCCUUCCAGAACAUGGGACCCGCGCCGUCUCCGAGGUCCGGCCAUAGUAUGACGGCAUUCGGAAAGCAAGUUAUCGUUAUGGCUGGAGAGCCGAGUUCGGCACCCAGAGACCCCGUGGAGCUCAGCAUGGCCUACAUUCUUGACACCUCGAAAAUCCGUUAUCCCACCGACUCUCAAAACGGAGGCCCGCCCCCCGGAGUGAGGAAAGGAAGUGCCGAUAGACCUGGUCCCCUAACCGGUCGCACCUCUCGCGAAGCUCAAAACCAACCUGCAGAUGUGCAGCAACGACGGCCGGGACCGUCACGCGAGAGUAUGAUAAGCCCAACCGGUCGACCGGCAGAAUUCGGGCUCAGCCCCGGACCUGGUUCAAGGCUGCCCCGGGCAUCCAUCGCACAGGCUCCGUCCGGACCCCCUCCGCCGGGUCAGGCACCCACACCCGGCCCUCGAGGUAACACCCCUCAGCCUGUCAUGAACCCCCGCAGCAAAACGCCGACAAAGCUCGACCGUGCAUACGGAGGUCCGCCCGUGGACACGGUUCGGGCAGUGACCGCCGAACGCGACAGGGAGUCGCCGAGAGAGUCCCCCAAAGACCCCCGAUCGGUCUCCGAAGCUGGCUCCUACCCCACGGGCCAGCGUACCCCUACUCAGCAGUCUCAACCCCAAACCCAACCUCAGAGGAUGUCUGCCAAGGCGAUGGAGGCUGGCGAGGCUGCACCCCUCAUGAGUGCGCCGACUAGGCAACGAUCUCUCCGUCAGCAACGACAGCGAAGCUCUAUGGACAGUGCCGACGAGUCUGUUCUAGGCCGGCACGCUAGCAUUGAUGGGUCGGUGGAAUCUCGGGGUCAACGGAACUCCAGGACCCUUGGAGAUGAGCCGCGAUCGCCUCGGUUAACUGCUCACCAAGAGGCGUUAAUUAAGGAGCUCGAACUGGUGAAAAACCGUAAUGCGUGGUACGCAUCGGAGCUGGCGUUGGCCAAGAAGGCCGGCUACUCACCUAAUCUGGCCAACGGUACCAACCUGGAUGAGCAGGCGGUGGAUACGUUUGCUGACGAGGACCGGCCUUUGAUCGAGGCAUUCCUCGCCAUGAGGGCAGAGUUGGCGAAGAUGCAAGCAACUGUGGACCGACAAGCAGCGAUCGCUUCUAAACGCGUUGCCGAAGUUGAACACCAAAGAGAUGUUGCUGUCAACGAGGCUGCUUAUUCACGAGCUAAGCUCGCUGCCCAUGGCGGCAGCCAGCGCGGUACUCCCCAGCCAGACAGACGCUCCCAAGACCACGAGGAUACCAUCACCGACCGAAGCACCGAGAUCAGCAGAAGACUUGCCCUGGCUCUCGCCUCUCAUAACGAGGCCAAAUCUAAACUCGAGGUUCUCACCAACGAACUCGAUCAGGAGAAACGUGGCAGGGAAUUGGCGGAAGAAACGUGUGAGGCCACACGGCGAAGACUUGCCGAACUCGAAAUGCAGAAUAAUGCCAUAGAAAUGGAAAGUUUGCGCGCCCAACUCCACCAAGCGGAGGCUGCCGUCAGGGAAGAGUCCUUGUUACGAGCAGAUGCCGACUCCGCUUUGAAGCAACUGACUCUGGACAAGGAGGAGUUGUCGAAGAACCUCGAGGAAUCUUCUAUUCGCCUGGGUGACUUGGGCAAUAACCUCGGAACUCUUCGGGAGGCAGUGCAUGCUUCGACCGACAAAUCGACUCUUCUUGAAAGGCAAUUAGAAGAAGAACGGGAGCGCCGGGGAGGACUGGAAAAGAAGUUGCUGCAGCUGAGGUCGGAACAUGAUGAACGGACCUCCGAGCUAGAGAAUGUGAACCGUCGCCUGCGAGACGCGGAGGAGCUGGCGGAGACCAGCGCGAGAGAGGCCGAGACGCAUAAGAACGCCUUCUUGUCCGGCCUCGACCGCGCCUCGUCCUUUGAUUCAGAAGUAUCUAUGCGCUCGCUUGCGGACCAACGCGUGUCUGCUCUCGAGGCUCAAGUGGAACGGGCCAACAAUUUGGCGAAGGCUAGCCACGCAGCUGCUGAUGAUGCAGCAGAUAAGCUUCGACGUGCGGAAGAGAGAAUUGCCGGCUUAGAGGCAUACCAGGAGCAGGCCAGCAGAGAGGGCUUGCAGCUCCGUAGGCAGCUCCAGACCGCGAUGAAGGAAAGCCAGUCACAUGCCGCCGAGAACAGAGACCUCAAGGCUCAGCUGGAGAAUCACCAGCGAGAGUCCGGCGCAUUGGCUAUCCAACACGCUGCUCUCAAGGACCUUCUGGGUGAGCGCGGCGUUGGCUAUCCGGAUAACAGACGCUCUCCUCGGCUCGACUCCCCUGGAUCCCGGUUUGGAACACCCGAACAAGGCCGGUUACGUGAACUGGAGCAACAGCUCUCGACCAGUAUGAAGGCACACGAGGAGCUGAAGUCGUCGUUUGAAUCUCGUGAGCAGGAAGCCGAUCGUGCCUACAGAGAGAAGCUGGAGCAGCUCGAGAACGACUACCAAUCGGCUGUUCACUACGUGAAGGGUACUGAGAAGAUGCUGAAGCGCAUGAAGGAUGAACUCAGCCGGUACAAGGUCCAAAACGCCAAAUUGCAGUCGGAAGUGGAAGCCGCGCAGAAGGAACUUUCAAACGGAGGUUCAGAAGUGCCAGCCGACUGGGAGGCCGAGCGCUCGCAUCUCCAGCAGACCAUCGACGAUCUGCACGAGGAGACAACAUCUUCCAUUACGAUCCUUGAGGACCAAAUCACCCGGUUGAGGACAGACCUUUCGGCCGCCGAAGCCGACAAGAACGAAUCUCGCAGCGAGUUUGAGAGUAUGCGGCAAGAGCUCGUCGCCGCUGCGGACAAGAGCCAUGCGGAAUUGGAGCAGCUCAAGCAGGAGAACUCUCUGCUGGAAACUCGCGCAUCCGAUGCUGAACACAAGGUCAACAUGCUUCUGGACCAGGUUGAGGCGUCCGUCGGGCAUUACCGCCGACAGUCGCAGCCCGUUCAAGGCAUCAACGGUAUCUCCCGCACUCACAGCAAUGCCUCGAGCAACACCAUCAGCGGUGCCGGGAAUCGGUCUAGAGCCAAUAGCGCCGUGUCGCAGGAAGAGCCCUUCCCGGACAACCGUGGAUCCAUGGCCCUGGACUCCCUAGCCAACGAGCUAGAGACUCUGCGGAGCCACUGGGAGAGCACCAAUCGGAACUAUCGGCUCAGCACUCAGUCCGACUUCGAUCGGACGCCCACCAAAGAGACCGGGCUCAGCGAUAGCUUGGCCGAAUGGAGGCGACGAUUGGAUGAAGAGGAAGCGAGAGCGAGUACCCCAGAAAAGAGCAAGCCUCGGAAUGCUGGCGAGGCACACGCAACGGCAAACAUGAUAUGA